GGUAUAAGUUUAGCUGUGAUGGGUGGUCACGUGUGCAGAGAAGAAACCCAUAAAAUUCCAAACCUAGCAAAUUCCAUGUGAUGCCCAUCCGACAGUUUCAUGAUAAGAAGAAAAGAAAACAAUUUAAUAAAGCAAACAUCGAAAAAGAUUGUCUACUUUUCAUUCAUGGAUUCCACACUUUAAAUUUUUAAUACUUUAUCUCAAAAUUCAAAAGCAGAAAAGAUACCCAGAUCAUCCUUUUGAAGCUCUGCAACUCUGGGAAGUACAGACUCUCCGAGUUCAAUCGAAGAGGAAGGAAGCAGUUGUUUCGUUAGGAAUUGGGAAUUUCUUGUAGAUAUUUUAGUUGAUGGGGAGUAGUAGUUCAAGGGAGGGGAGUUGGAGGCAGAAUUCAUCAAUCCGUUCAAAUUCACCUUCAUGGAGUUCUCAUCAGGGGUAUCCUCAGUCCUCGUAUGGUCAUGAAAGCCAGGGUUAUGCACCUCGUGAAAGCCAGGGUUAUGCACCUCAAUAUAGCUACGCCUCCCCACAGUAUUAUCCACCUACACAGGACCCACAGUAUCAUCCACCUACACAAGACCCACAUUAUUAUCCACCUACACAAGACCAUGACAGGGAUAAAAGGACGCUCGACAGGAGGUAUUCAAGAAUUGCAGACAAUUACAACUCCUUAGAUCAGGUGACAGAGGCUCUUGCUAAUGCUGGCCUUGAAUCUUCCAAUCUCAUUGUUGGUAUUGAUUUUACAAAAAGCAACGAGUGGACAGGCAAAAGAUCAUUCAAUAGAAAAAGUUUGCACCACAUUGGAGAUGGUUUAAAUCCCUACGAACAAGCAAUAUCAAUCAUCGGGAAAACCUUAGCUGCCUUUGAUGAGGAUAAUUUAAUUCCUUGUUUUGGAUUUGGAGAUGCAUCAACACAUGAUCAAGAUGUCUUCAGUUUUUACCCAAGUGAGAGAUUUUGUAAUGGAUUCGAGGAUGUCUUAAGCCGCUAUAGAGAAAUUGUGCCUCAUCUACGACUCGCAGGACCUACAUCAUUUGCUCCUAUCAUUGAAAUGGCUAUGACAAUUGUUGAGCAAAGCGGUGGCCAGUACCAUGUGUUAUUGAUAAUUGCUGAUGGGCAGGUAACUAGAAGUGUUGAUACUCAGCGUGGCCAACUAAGUCCACAAGAGCAGAAGACUGUUGAUGCCAUAGUGCAAGCAAGCAAGCUUCCUCUGUCGAUUAUAUUGGUUGGUGUUGGAGAUGGACCUUGGGACAUGAUGAAAGAGUUUGAUGAUAACAUUCCUGCUCGAGCAUUUGAUAAUUUUCAGUUUGUGAAUUUCACAGAGAUUAUGUCAAAGAAUACAGCUCCAUCCCGAAAGGAGACAGAAUUUGCUCUAGCUGCUUUAAUGGAGAUUCCUUCACAGUACAAAGCAACCAUUGAGCUUAAUAUUCUGGGUGGUCGAAAGGGAAAUGUUCCUGAGAGAGUUCCCCUACCUCCUCCUACAUAUGGUGCAGCAUCUUUCAACAGCUCAAAACCUUCCCAUUCUACCAGUUUCCAAUAUGGUGCAACAUCUUUCAGCAGCUCAAAACCUUCUAAUCCCACCAGUUUCCAACCAAGCGUCCCUCCUCAUCCUGAAGAUAGUAGUUCUGUCAGCUCAGCUCCCCCAGCUCCAAGUUCCACUUAUGAUAGCCAGCUUUGUCCCAUUUGCCUUAGUAACUCAAAAGACAUGGCAUUUGGUUGUGGCCAUCAGACCUGUGAAGAUUGUGCAAAAGAUCUCCAAACCUGCCCGAUAUGUCGAAGUCCAAUUCAAACCAAAAUAAAGCUCUACUUCUGAUUUUGUUUUUCCUAAAAUUUUUUUUGCCCAUCAUUCUUUGUAAUUUGUUAUUGAGAAGAUGCAAAUAGGGAUAGGUCUGAUGAAGUCAGUUUCUGGUGUCUAUGACCCAAGGAAGUCAUCCUUUGUACAUUCUCUUUUGGUUUGAACCCUCUGUACAUUUCUGCUAUUUCACUAUUUCAUUUAUUCAUCUUUGUUGCCCUUAAGUCAAGAUCAAUGCUCCUUCCAUAUAUUUGUCCACGUGAAAAUCUAUGACAGAAGCUGAUGGAUAUUUAAUAAAUCAGCUGGAAUUUGGUCUACA